UCAGAGUUGGAUUUUGCUUCAUAAGGUGAUCUUCAACGUGUGAAUGGCAGAGUUUCCUCUGUUGCUAAAAUGAAGAUUUCCAGAUCCCACUCUCCAGAAAUACUGAUUCUGCUGGUCUCUUCUAGGGCCCAAAGCACGAGAAACCGAGGUGAACAAUUAUGGAUGACACAGACACAUAUUUAUUGAGAUUUAAAGGCUAUUAUUUUGAACGUUCUUUAGUUGAUACUGACCUACUAGAAAAUCUAGAAGACUUUGAAAUUAGAGAUGAUGAUGUCUUCAUAAUCACAUAUCCAAAAUCUGGUACCAUCUGGACUCAGCAGAUAUUAAGCCUGAUUUAUUUUGAGGGACAUCGUAACAAAUCUGAGAAUGUGGAGACACUUACCAGAGCCCCCUUCAUAGAGUACAAUGUUCGCAGAGUGGACUUUAGCAAGAGAGCAUCCCCUCGCAUCUUCUGUUCCCACAUCCCAUAUUAUUUAGCACCAAAAGGUCUCAAGAACAAAAAAGCUAAAAUUGUUUACGUCUACAGAAACCCUAAGGACGUUUUGAUCUCAUAUUAUUAUUUUACAAAUUUGGUGGUUUCAUUACAAGCUACAGAGAAUGUAGAACAGUUCAUGAAACGAUUUCUAGAUGGAAAAGUGGUAGGAAGCCUUUGGUUUGAUCACAUCAGAGGUUGGUAUGAGCACAAACAUGACUUCAAUAUUCUGUUCAUGAAAUAUGAAGAUAUGAAGAAGGAUCUCAGAAGUUCUGUAUUAAAACUCUGUAGUUUUCUUGAGAAAGAACUGAGUGAAGAGGUCUUGGAUGUAGUUGUGAGACAGGCUACCUUUCAGAAUAUGAAGUCUGAUCCACAAGCAAAUUAUGAUGAUAUUCUAAAAGAUGAAAUUGGAACAAGAACAGAUGAUGGACAUUUCCUGCGCAAAGGUACUGUUGGAGACUGGAAAUACCAUUUGACUGUGGAGCAGAAUGAAAGAUUUGACAGGGUAUUCCAGAGGAAUAUGAAAGAUUUUCCCUUGAAGUUCACCUGGGAUAUAAAUGAGGAGUAGCAUUCUAAUUACAGUCCAAAAGAAUCAUAAAUAAAAAUCUGGUAUUCAUACACAGCGAAUCCUAAAUUAAAACAUGGACUAUAGUUAAUAGUACAAUUAUAAAAAUGUGCUAUCAUCAGUUGUAACAAAUGUUUCACACCAAUGAAAGUUGUUAUUAAUAGGGUGGGAUAUGGGAAUUCUAUAUUUUAUGCAUGAUUAUUCUGUAAACCCACAACUUCUCUAAUAAAAAAAACAAAAGUAGAAACAAACCUGUUACCCAGAAGGCAUAUUUUAAGAUACAUAUUAAUUUGUGCCUAUCAUGAAAUUGUUUAUGAUAAAAAUUUAUUGAUAAAUUAGAGUAAAUUAUGCUUCAGAGUAGUUGCCAUAAAUGUGAUGAACUCUUUGGAAUUUCAAAAAUCAAAAUCAUUUGUGAGAUAGUCUGUAUUGAUAACCUACAUGAUAAUAAAUAAAACAGAAAGUGUGCAGGAUGAAUUGUAAAUAUCUUGAGAGCAUUUUCUGUAGUAUGCAUUUUUUUCUAUAUCUACAAUUGAAUUUAGGAUCAGUUACACAUUAAAAGCUCCUUUUAUUCGGGUAGUCAAACUUUUGUUCUUUGGUUUCAAACAAUGUGAAUGUCAAAAUUCAAUAGUAACUGGAACAAAUAGAGGACCAAAUAGAAACUCAUGCAUUGUUGUAAUAAAUUACCAAAUCACAAAAUAUUCCCUGAAGUUCAGUGGAUAAAGGAUGCAUUAUUUAAUGGUUCACUCAUGUAACUAUUUCAAUGAAAAAAUAGUUCUAUCCAUAACACAUCAUUCACCAAAGUAAUUACACAUGUAAU